AUGCGUGACAUCGAGGACAGCGAGGCCGAGGAGAGGCGUGACAUCGAGGACAGCGAAGCCGCCGAGCCCUCACGCCUAGGCGAUCGGGACGCUGCCUUCCUCCAACAUGCCGGCCCUCGCUCUGCUCGCCGGCCUGUCCAGCACUCCGCCGCCUACCAGAACGUCCUCGGCGGUGAGCUGGAGCGCUGCUCGGGCGCCGGGAUGGCGCUCACCGGCUUAACCCGCAUCGGCAAAUGCGUUGACCGGAACGACGACGCCGGGAGCCACCACGUGUGCAUCGACAUGAAGAGCAACGUCGGCGGGAACUUUUGCGAGGUGACGGGGCAGCCAAACUGGUGUGGGUCGCAGAUGUCGUGCGACGGAGCACCCGCCGACGAUUGCCCCGUCGAGCACUGGUGCGUCUGCCAGUGGGCGUUCGCGUCUUACAUCGAGCGGGCGGGUGGCUGCGACAAGAUCCAAAAGGUGGUGUGCGAGGCGACCAACAUGGUCGCACUGAAGCACUACCGCGAACAGGCGGCGCACAGCCCGCACAUCAAGAGCGCGCUCCAGUGCCUCGAGGAGAAGUGCGGCCUCGAGAAGGCCGCGCCUUCGAUCGGCGCAGUGGUGUAG